GCGCGCGCGUGCGUCGACGUGACAGAGCUGCAGGCAGCGCUAGGUGCUAUGCGGCGCUGGGUGGUGAUGGCGACCGCGGCGGACGUGUGCCCGCUGAUCGGCUGGCAUCGCACAGGCAAGCCACACCGUUGCAGGCGCGUGCUUCCCGUUGCCCAAGCCCUGGCGGAGGCUGGACCUGUCGUGGGCGCUGCUGAAGGCCGAGCGGCGAGCGGAGCUGGCAGAGCAGCGCCGCCGUUCACGCCCGACAUCGCCGCGAGCAUGUCAAGCCUGGUGGCGGGGGCCAACGCGCUCGACUUGAGCUGCCUGCUGCUCAUCAGCCUGGAGGGCCUGCGGCGGGGUGGCGAGGCCUGUGCGUUGACGGCGAAAGACGUUCUCGGCCCAAGCACCCAGUCCUGCUGCGAAUCAAGACGUCCAGGACCACAUCAGGCAAACGGCACUGCGGAGGCCGUCGCCAUCAGGUCAGCGGUAGCCGAGACGAGGCUCAGGCUGGCCGCGCAGCAAGGGCCCUUGGGCGAAGCCCUGUCUAGGGGUCACCCGCGCAGCUCACAGGCGCGUUCGGGGCCCUCGCGCACGGCCGGGGGCCUCCCAGGCACUUCUCGCGGCAGCCCGCCCGACGAGGAGGCGCCUCAGACUUUUCCUGUGGUCGCAACGCUCGCGAGGAGCAGGUGGGCCUGCAGCGUGGCGGCCCGCAUCUACAUCGAGAGUGCGGGCCCGACGCCGCUUGUUUGCGAUUGA